AUGGGACAAAAAAAUGAAGUAUUAAUGUAUUUAUAUUGUAAGUAUGCAAGAAGUAAAAAAUGCCCUGGGUCGCUUAUAGUUGAAAAUGGCAUUAUGAGAAGAGGGACGGAUCAUAAAUUUCAUCCUAAAGAAGAAUCGACUGAACUUCUAGAAUCAGAAAUAGUUUUUCGACGGUCACUGUAUUAUGCUACAACUACAAACCACAAACCAAGCCGCCAAAUUUAUGAUACAUUGAUUAUUAUGCACCCAGAGCUGGCUGACGUGCUACCAUUUAAAAAAAUAGAACGGACGAUGGCACGUUGGCGUAAGCGCACAGUAUUCCCAAAAUUUGAAAGCUAUAGCGAGUUGGUAGAGGAAUUAGGAAAUGAACAAUGGCAAUUCCUUAAGUGCUUUUCAGCGGAUAUUUAUGAUGAAAGAGAAUUUAGUAUUCAAGUGAAAAAUGAUAAUAAAAUGAUGAUCAUUUAUAGUGAAGAUAUUAUCAAUGGCUUAAAUAUCGAAAACUUAUAUGUAUCAACCACGACAAAAGUGCUUCCUGAUUUUGAUAAUUCAAAGUUUUUAACUGUCGUAAUUGCAGAGAUGAAUCAGCAUAUUAUAGUUCCAUUACCAACGGAGAAAUUGGAAAAUCUUUAA